UUCCCUUGCGACUGGUUUCCUGGAUAUAUGGCAAGCAGCGACGUACGUUAUCUGUUGAGAGAGAAGGUUACAGUCAGCAUCAAGUGUAGUAAUGGUCUCACAAUUGCGGAAAAGUUCUCAGCUUCUACUACACUUAUUCUACAAUGUCGACGACGAAGGACGACAAAACAACGAGAUUGUUGUCGGUGAGAAACCGAAGAUGUUUCAAGAAACUCUCUUCCGUAUCAAAGAAGACAACAAAUCUUCCUAUGAGAGAAGAUACCAUGUUUAAGAAAGCCUCCGAGCUUUCAAUCCUGUGCGAUGUCGAGGUCUGUGUUAUAUACUACAACCGUGACGGAGAACUCGUCAGGACAUGGCCGGAAGAUCAAUCCAAGGUUCGAGACAUGGCGGAGAGAUUCAGCAAACUCAACGAUAGGGAGAGACGCAAGAAAAGCACAAACCUUUCUCUGUUUCUGAAUAAGAAGACCGGCCUCAAAGACAAGAAGACAUCUUUUGAUAUCACAGACAACAAAUUCUCUGAGAAAGUUUUGGAGAUGGAGGCUUCGUUAGAGAGUACUAUACCGGUGUUUCAAGAUAAGCUUCUUUGGUUACAGAACCAGACAGAACCCUAUCAGAGCCCUGUGGUGUCUUCCGCCGGGUUCUUCACACCAGAUCCAUCAUUUAUGAGCGGUGGUGUGUCAAAAACAGAGCAAUACCUAUCGACCCCAUCAUUGGCUCAACAACAUCAGAGCAAAUUUUCAGUCUUUCUCUAUAACCAUGACAACGGUAGCUUCUGUCAACUCCCUGACUCCUCUGUUUCUACCUUUGACCCAUCGACGAAGUUACAUUAUGAGUUUUAACUCUUUUAGCAACAAGUCUCGAUUUCUAUAUAUAUAUAUAUAUAUAUAUAUAUAUAUAUAUAUAUAUAUAUUUAGGGUUUGUUAAAGAGUCGACAAUUAUUGUUUUGUUAUCAUCCUUCCUUUGAAUUGUUUGUGUUGC